CAUAUUCCAAUACAUGUUGAAUUCUUUGCAGAUAAGUUUAAAACUCCAGAGAGACCAGUUGGAAAACCUUUUCGUCUCAGUGUUGGUGAUGUGUACAAAGGAAUGGGAUCGGGUUUUAGUGUGUCUGGACGUAUCGAAGCCGGUUACGUACAAACUGGUGAUCGAGUAGUGAUUAUGCCUGCGGGAGAACCUGCCACAGUGAAAGGGAUUAGCAUAGAAGAAAAUUCUGUACUUCAAGCAUUUGCAGGUGAUCAUGUAGGACUUUCUCUUUUGGGAGCAGAUAUGAAUAAAAUAACAAUUGGAAGUAUUGCUUGUGAUCCAAAUAAUCCAAUUCAAGUAACAACUAGAUUUCAAGCUCGAAUUGUGGUUUUUGGAAUAGAAAUUCCAAUCACUAAAGGGUUUCCUGUCAUUCUUCAUUAUCAAAGCAUGAGUGAACAAGCAGUUGUGAAAAAACUGAUUUCUCAGUUACAUAAAAGCACAGGCCAAGUUGUGAAAAAGAAACCAAGAUGUUUAACAAAAAACAGUAGUGCUAUAAUUGAAUUAGAGGUAAAUCGGCCAGUCUGUUUAGAAUUAUAUAAGGAUCUACGAGAAUUGGGAAGAUUUAUGUUAAGAUGUGGAGGAACUACAAUCGCAGCUGGUGUUGUAACUGAUAUUCUCUAAUAAAGAAAUUUCAGUGAAAUGAAAAUCUGUGAAAUAUGCAAAUAUUAUUCACCUGUAUUGUUGGAAUAAAUUGAACUGUAUUGAAAAAUUAUUAGUUCAAAAUUGUAUACACACAAAAAUAUCUACCUAAAAUCAUAUCUCAAAAUGUAAAUCCAUAUCAAAUUUAAAUUAAAAGUUUUAGAUGUCAAAAUUUUUAAAUUUAUUAUCAUAUAAAUUGUCUUUUGCAGUAUUUUAGAUAAAAAGCCCAAUUUAUUUUUUCAAAUCUAAAUACCUGUAUCAGUAAUCUUUUAAUUCAAGUGAAAGUGCUUAUAAAUUAUAGAAGUACAUAAACUUUUGAAGCAAAUUUGAAAAAUACUGUAUAAAUGUUGCAAUUUUUUUACAAAAAUAAUUUGAAUAAAUCACUUCUCAUAUUCACUGAUAUAUUAUGGAUAAGAAUAGAAAGAACCAUUUGUUAGAUUUAAACUUUGAAUUUGUUGGAACCCUGAGAUGAUGACGUUUAUAUAAAAUAUUAAA